AUGAGUGAAGAAGAAUAUAAAGAUUUUGUUGAACGUGGAAAGGCUGGUCACGCUUUAGGACGUUGUGGAACAGUCGAGGAAGUUGCUAAAGGAAUUCUUUAUCUUGCAAGAGAUGCAACUUUCACGACUGGAGAAUUACUUAAAAUUGAUGGAGGAAAAUCUCUUUUAGUGCCUCGUUAA